GCCUCUUGUAAUUUCCUAACUUCUAUUGACUCUAAUAGUAUAUAUUUACUCGUCGUUUACUUUUCCGAAAGAACCAGAAACCAGAGUCGCCGUUGUAUUUGUAGACCCGGCUUUUUGAGUUCCCCUGUACGAUUUCUCCACCCUACCAAAUCACCCACUUGGCCUUUUCUUAUGUAAACAUCGACAUCCUUCUUUCACUGACCCACAAAAUUUUCACCAUAUAUAUAAAUAUUUUUGAGGCGAUAAACUUUAUUAUUUGGAUUUGUUAGAUUGUUGAUCGCAAGCCUUCGAGUCUUUAGCUUUAGUCUGACACAAGUUUGAAGAGAUGAUUCUGAUAGCAGUUUUAACAGAGCUAAUGGAGGAGUACACGGUGUUGUUAGCCAGAGUUCUUGAGCAUUUGUUCAAUGAAGUUCCUUUUCCAAGGCGUAUUCGUUUCCUUAUCCUACGCAGUCUUCCGUUUGUUUCCUCCACUCCCCCUCUUCUCCGAGCCGCUGGUUAAGAGUCAAAACCCUGUUUUCUUUAUUUAUUUAUUUAUUUUUACAUUAUGGAUAGGCAUGCGGAUUUCAAUUAUCUGUACAUUCUCCGGAGUUCUCUUUCCUUCACCUAUGUAAUAUAUUGUUUAAUUCCAAUUGCGUUAUGCUGGAUCUUUGUUCUUCAACGUUUUGUUUCUUUCCGAGUAGUUCCAUUUGAUCAACUGAAACAUGGUAUUGGAUUUUGGCAAAAAUUCAUUCUUAAUAUUCCGUUCUUCACCAAGAUCGAUAUAUAGCAUCCAAUCAAGCCUUAUCCAAAGCCGACUGGUGCAGAUUUUUCCCAUAGGAUCAAAGAAGGGAUCUACCUCGAUUAAUAAAAUAUCUGUGGCAAGGGUAUUGUCACUUUGGGUAGUUCUGACAUUCCGCCGAAAGGGUUCAUCCAAUGGGAGAUGGAGACAAACUACAACAGGGACAGAGUCAAGGUGGGCAUGUGAGUUGUGAAGAAGUGUGUAGAACAUCCUUGUUUUUCACUGUUCAUUUAUCCUGGUUUUGUCGAUUGUUAAGCUGUAAUGUCAAACUAUCAAAAUAUUUUUUGUACCCAACAUGAUGAUUUCCAACUGUCAGCCCAUUGGAUUGGAGGAGUUUUGAAGCACUUUCUAAAUCCUUUUUAGUGCUAUUAUUGGGACAUCAGACAUGACCCUCACCGGCUUUCCACUUCACUCCAUCAAUGGAGUGAUUCAUUUUUCUUUAGACAAAUCUGAAAGGAUAAUGCUUGAUGUACUUUUUCCCUAACAUUUAUCAUCACCCACAGACAAGCCUUUUUGUUUUAUAUAUACGUGCACCGAUGUUGACUUGUGAUUCUUGUUUUGGCUAACUGCAAUUAUUAACAUGUAUUUUUGUGAUUUAAAAUCGGGUGAGAAAUAGAUAAGGUGGCUAAGCCACUGUCUGUGUUGGUGGGUGUGUUUAACGUAAUCCGAAAACUUCAAAAGGGGUUAGUCUUUCUUUUUUUUUGGGUCUAAAAAAAGAAUUAGUGACAAAAAAAAAAAACUUUUUAUAGCAUGGCUCAAUGGUUUCUUGGUUACAUAGGAAGAAAAAGAACCAAUCUUUGUUAAUUGCAUUUUUUUUAU